AUGGCAGCUUCGAAUGGUAUUCAAAUACCAUCGAGUACCUUUAUAGAACCACAGUAUACAAAUGACCAACAACGUAUACUAUUAAAUAAUGAAGAACUUCGAACGAGAAAUCGUGAACAAUUAAUUGAAAAACUUGAACGGGUCAUUCAAGAAAAAAAUGCUUCCAUUACCAAAAUUGAAGAACGUGAACAAUACUUAGAAGAUACACUUAAAAAACGUAAUAUAGAAUUUCGUGCACUUGAAGAACAAUUACGACAAUUCGAAGAGAAGACACGAACAUUUGAACAACUACAUCAAUUACAAGUACAUACUUUUGAAAAAACAAUACGCGACUGUCAGAUUGAAAAUGAACGUUUGUGUGAACAUGUUCGUGAUUUAACAAAACAAUUAAGAGAAAAAUCAGAUUAUGCAGCUAUUAAUCAAGAAAAAAUUCUGACAUUUGAUCGUAUUGCUGCUGAUACUCAACUUUGGCGGCAAAAACUUGAUUCAUAUAAAGCAACAAUUGAAGAACGAGAAGAAGCUAUUGUUAAUCUUAAAAAAGAAGUCAGCGACUUACAAAGGAGAAAACAAACUAAUACAGAUUUGGAAGAUAGUUCAUUACGAGUACAAAUAACAACUCUUCAAAAUACUCUACGUCAUCGUGAUAAUGAAAUCGAACAUUUAAAAUUAACUCUUCGUCAAGUACGAGAUAAAUUACUACCAGAUCAAUUAUCUUCAGAUAAUCGUUGGAAAAGUUGUAGUGAAAAUAUUGGACGAAAUUCAUCCAUUGGAAAAUUACAUCGAUCUUCAUCUCCAAAGAAACGUUGUACAUCUCCUCCAGUUCGUGAUAAUACAUCAUCACCUCCAUUAGAUGUUGAAUAUUUAAAAACAAAAAUUCGUACAUUAACAGAUCGUUUAGCAAAUGUUCAACAAUUACUUGUUAAACGUGAUGAACAAAUAGCUACAUUAAAAAAAGUUCAUGAUAAACGUUGGCUACGUCUUAAACAUUUACAAAAACAAUAUCGUUCAAUUAAAGAUGAAUUACAAUCCUAUACUGAUGAUGAAUUAUUACAAAAACAAACAAACAAUGAUUAUUUUUAUGGUAAAGCUAUACGAAAAACUAGAUCUGGUUGUUCUGUAUGUUAUAAUCAACGACGAAAAAAACAAAUAGGUACAAAUAGAAAAAUAUUUAAACAAGAAGAUGAUGAUAAUGUUUGGAAUGAAGUAACAAAAUUACGACGUGAAAAUACAAGAUUAACUAAUGAAAAUUUAAGUUUACAUGAAAAAAUUGAUUUACAAGAAGUUGAAAUUAAUGAACAAACAAUUGUUAUUAAUGAACUUCGUAAUGAAAUUCAAGUAUUAAAUGAUAAAGAUGAACGCUCUCAAUUAAAAAUACCAUCACCAUUAAUAAAUAAAACUAAUGAUAAUCAACAACGUUUUGUUGAAGACUUUAAGAAAAAAUUAUAUGAACUUGAAAAUGAACGAACAUGUUUAAUAUUUGAACAUGAACGUUUAAAAACUAAUCUUGAUUUAUGUAUUGAUGAAAAACAACAUUAUAUUCAACAACAAAAACAAACAACAAAUGAAAUAAAACGACUUAAACUUCGUAUACUUGCAUUACAAGAUCAAAUACAUAAAUUAAAACGAAAUGAUCAAACUAUUAAUAAAAAAACUUUAAUAAAUUCAUCAUCAACUAUAAAAAAAAGAAUAAUAAAAAAGAAAUCAAAAAAAUCAUGUUUAGAAAUGUUACUUGAUCAAAAUCAAAGUUCAACAUUUAUCGAUGAUCUUCAAAAUGAAUCAUCAAUUCUUUAUCGAACAUCACCAUCAAAAUCUGAUAGACUUGAUAUAAAUCCAUGGCGACGACAACGACAUCGUACAUGUAGUCUUUGUGAUAAUCAUACUCAAGCUUCAUUAAUGAAACGUAAACGCCGACCAUCAAUAUCAUCAACAAUACCAAAACGAAAAUACGGUCCAUUAAAGAAAAAUAAUAAUAAUAAAAUUCGCUUAGCAAAUUCUUAUCAUCAUGAUUCCUAUUUACAUCAUAUUAGAAAACCUUCAAUACCUUCAACAACACAAAAAACUCCAACAAGAAUUGGAGGAAUGCGUAGACGUAUUGAACAAUUAGAAAUGAAUCUUGCUGAUUCGAGAGAAGAAAAUGAACAACUUACUCAACGCUUAUCAACAACACUUAGUCGAAUUAAUGUUCUUAAAAUGACAAAUCAACGACUUGCAAAUGAAUGUGAUAAAUUAAAAAAUGAUCAUCUCACUCAAUUAACAUUACCUGGACAAGAAACUCAACGUAAUGAUUCUGUCAGUUCUGAAAGUGGUGAAAAUAUUGAUAAUUUAUAUACACGUCUUAAAAAUACUUCAUUCGAUGCGGCUCGACAACGAAAAUUAAAUAAAACUUUACAAACAGAUAAUGAAACAUUAACAAAAAAUCUUCAAUCAUUAACUGAAAAAUUGACACAUACAGAACGUGAUGUAGCAAGUAAACGAAGUUUAAUUGAAAAUUAUAAAUCUCGAUUGAGUGAAUUGGAAACAACUGUUAAUCGUUCAAAUGAAAAAAUUACAAAUGAAAAUGAUGAAGAAAGACUCAAAUCAUUAACAGAAACAAUGGAAAAAUUACGAAUUUCACUUGAAUCACAUAAAAAUCGUUUACAAGCAGUAACACGAGAAAAACAAACUCUUGAAACACGUUAUGGUCAAUUGGUUGAAGAACAUCAGAUAUUAAAAACACGUUUUGAAGAUAUUCAAAUCAAACAUCGUUCAAGUGAACAACAACUUCGACAAUAUCGUCUUAAUCAAGAACAGUUAAAUCAAGAAUUAUUAACAGCUCGUCGUUCAUCUGAACAACAAUUAUUAGCAUUAAAUACAAAAAGUCAAGAUGCAUUAAGUAAAAUUACAUUAGAAUUAAAUCGUACACAGCGACGUUUAAACGAAUAUGAAAGAUUUACUAAUGGUUUUCUUCAUGAAAUGAUUCGACGAAGUAUACAAAUGAAUGAUAAUCUUAAACGAGCCCGUGAACAUCAAAGACAACGGGAAUCAUUUUCAAUGACAUUGCCUGGAUAUGACACAGCAAUGAAUACUGCUAGUAAAAUAUUAAAUUUAACUCAAGAUGAUCUAGAUGAUAUUAUGUCUACAACAGACGAAAGUUUUCAAGCACAUUCUAAACCUGAUAAUAUCGAUAAAAAUGAAAAAAUACGACAAAAAGUAUCUAAAUUACUUGUUUCACAAGAAGAGUUUGCUGGUAAACUUUUGAAAAUAUUCAGUAAAAAAUUAGAUGAAAUACAAGAAGCAGACCGAAAUUUAGCCACUAUUCGAAAUACAUAA